AUGUUCCUUACUGCUAUAGGUUACAAAACAUCACGCUACGAUCAAAUGGAGCUGAGCGGCAGAAACUUUGUUGGCAACCCUAGCUACCACCGGGCCGGCACCGGGAUGCCGCCGCCGGCUCCCAGGAUCCAACGUCAAUCGCCCGAUUUAUUGGCUCUUACAGCGACCCGGAAUAUCUCGAAUAAAUUCUGCCGCCUCCGUAAACGCCUGGCUGUGGCACUACUCUACUACACCGAUGUUGACGAUACGUUCUACUGGCGAUACGUACCUUUGGUCUCCGCCUUCCUCUGGGGCCCGGGGGCAUUCCUGCCUCGGCCUGAGGACAGGCGUCAGCCCCCAUUUCUCGACCAACUCUAUGCGUGCAAUGGUGGCUGCUCAACGACAAUGUGUCAUUGGGUCGGAGCUGGAGCGCUGAAGCGGGGACGUGACGGAGAGGCCGGCUGA